UACAAGAACCAAGGCGCGCUUGCAAUCUACCCGCGCUCGAUUUCCUACUCCUCCAACAUCUGUUCCCAAUCACCACGACGCGGGCGCCAAAGAAUGGCCAUCAUCUCAACGCCGUCGUCCCAGUCCGGUGAACCGGCGGCAAAGCCGACGGUGGUCUUGGUGGCCCUAUGGGGCGUGAGCCACUUUGCGCCCAUGGUCGAGGCCGGCAAGCGCCUGCUCGACCUCAGCGGCCGCUCCCUCACCGUCAACGUCGUCCUGGUGCCGUCGCCGACGGGGAAGUGGGAGGACGCGAUCUUCGAGCGCAUACGCCGGGAGGAGGCCAGCGGGCAGGGCAUCCGCUUCCACCACCCCGCCGCCGUCGAGCCCCCCACCGACCACACCGGCAUCGAGGAGUUCGUCUCCCGCUACGUGCAGCUGUACGUGGCCGACCUCAAGGCGAUCGUCUCCGGCCUCGCGUGCCCGGUCGCCGCGGUCGUCGUCGACAUCUUCUGCACGACGCUGCUCGACGCGCCCCUGGAGCUUGGCGUGCCGGCCUACGUCUUCCUCACCUGCGGCGCCGCCAUGGCCGCAGUCCUGCUGCGCUCCCCGUCGCUCGACGAGGAGGUGGCCGCCGAGGUCGAGUUCCGGGAGCUGGAGGGUGGGGUGGACGUGCCUGGCCUCCCGCCGGUGCCGGCGACGAACCUCCCGUCGGGACUGGACAAUAGGAAGAUCCGGACGUACAAGUGGUUCCUGUACAAUGGAAGGCGCUACCUGGAAACCAACGGCAUCCUCAUCAACACCAUCGCCGAGCUCGAGGAAAGCGUUCUCGCUGCCAUCACCGACGGGAGGUGCACGCGCGGCAUCCCCACCCCGCCGGUGUACACCAUCGGCCCGGUGGUCGCCAUUGCCCCGCCCUCCGAGGAGAAGGACGAGUGCGUGCGGUGGCUCGAUUCGCAGCCAGCAGCCUCCGUGUUGUUCCUGUGCUUCGGAGGCGGCGGGGGAUACUUCAGCGUGCCCCAGGUGCACGAGAUAGCACAGGGCCUGGAGCGCAGCGGGCACCACUUCCUCUGGGUGCUGCGCGGGCAGCCGGAGCCCGGCAUGAAGGUGCCCACGGACGCGAACCUCGCCGAGCUGCUCCCCGAUGGCUUCCUCGAGAGGACCAAGGGCAGGGGCCUGGUGUGGCCCACGAGGGCGCCGCAGAAGGAGAUACUGGCGCACGCCGCCGUGGGGGGCUUCGUCACGCACUGCGGCUGGAACUCGUCCGUCGAGAGCUUGUGGUUCGGCGUGCCGACGCUGCCGUGGCCGCAAGCCGCCGAGCAGCACUUGAACGCGUUCGUGCUGGUGGCCGAGAUGGGCGUCGCAGUGGGGAUGAAGGUGGACAAGGAGAGGAGAAACUUCGUGGAGGCGGCCGAGCUGGAGCGAGCGGUGAAGGCUCUCAUGGGUGACGGCGAGGUGGCGAGGAAGAUUAGGGAAAAGUCCGCGGAGAUGAAGGCCGUGUGCCGCAAGGCCGUUGAGGAGGGCGGAUCGUCGGUCGUCUCGCUGCAGAGGCUGUAUGAUGCGCUCAUCCAAGGCGCGGUGGAACCAAAAGUGUGAUGCCACGGUGCCGGUGCUUCGGAAUUAUGUGUCUGAGUGUUGUGCUUCGUUCUUCGAUGGGUCUCGGAGCUUACGUUGAUUUAAGGAAAAGCUAUAGCUCACUCAAUUUUUUCCCGUCCGAUCGUUGUUUGAUGGUUGUGGCGGCGUAUUUAUCUUGUUCCUACAAUUGUAGAUCUCAUCAAAAAAUACAAUUGUUAUAUAAAAUUUAUCUCCAUUCGAACACAAAUGCAAAA